AUGGAUCAACGCGAGCUCGAGGCACGCGUCAAGGCUUUGACCAAGUGCGUGGCUGCGAAUGAGCCACCCGAGAACGCCAUCAAGCUGCUCGAAACGCUCAAGAAGGAUGCCUCCCCUACUGAGGAGAUGCUGAGGGCUACUCGUGCCGGUGUCUACGUCGGAAAGCUUAGGUCAAAUCCCAACAAGGACAUCGCCCGUGCCGCCUCCGAGCUCGUCAUCAAGUGGAAGAAGCUUGUCGAGCAACAAAAGAACUCGAAACUCAACAAGGGAAAGAAGGGUUCUCCAGCACCAGCUCCCACAUCCUCCCCUGCUCCUCCCUCAUCAUCCGGCGGCGGCGGCGCCAAGAGGACCUUCAAGGGCGAUCCCGAGAAGCGCAAGUUCGAUAGCGACGGCGUUGAUAUCAAACGCACCGACUCCAACGUUCGAAACCAAUGCAUCGGCCUCAUCUACAACGGCCUUGCAUACCGAUCAACCACCCCCGAGUCCGAUGUCAUCGCCAAGGCCGUUGCCGUCGAGCACGCCGCCUACUCUUAUUUCAAGGGGGAGGGCGCCGAGUAUAAGAAGAAGAUCCGAUCGCUGUUUUCCAACCUCAAGAACAAGUCCAACAAGGAGCUGGGCCGCCGUGUCAUGUCUGGAGAAGUGUCGGCAGAGAGGUUCGUCAACAUGACGGACGAGGACCUGAAGAGCGAGGACCAGCGCAAGAAGGAGAUCCAGCUGGAAAAGGAGAACAUGCUGAAGGCCCAGGUUCCCCAAGAACAGAAGAGUAUCAGUGAAAGCUUGGAGUGCGGCCGUUGCAGGAAGAAGAUGGUCAGCUACACGCAGGCACAGACGCGAGCCGCUGAUGAACCGAUGACUACGUUCUGCGAGUGCAUGAAUUGCGGACACCGAUGGAAGUUCUCUUGA